CUCCUGCCUUGAGAGAGGUUAAGAGUUUACUUUUCAGAGUUCAAGGUUUGGUUUCGGUGAUUGUCUUCAGGACUGGAAUAAGGGUUACAGAGGCGGAAAGCUCCUCUCCAGAGAGCCAAGAUGCUGAAUAUGUGGAAAGUUCGAGAAUUGGUUGACAAAGCAACCAACGUGGUGAUGAACUACACGGAGACAGAGUCCAAGGUGAGGGAGGCCACCAACGACGACCCCUGGGGGCCCUCAGGACAGCUGAUGGGGGAGAUCUCCAGAUGCACCUUCAUGUACGAGCAGUUCCCGGAGGUGAUGAACAUGCUGUGGCAGCGGAUGCUGAGGGACAACAAGAAGAACUGGAGGAGAGUCUACAAGUCUCUGCUGCUGCUGGCCCACCUGAUCAGGAACGGCUCCGAGAGAGUGGUCACCAGCACCAGGGAACACAUCUUCGACCUCAGGUCUUUGGAGAGCUUCCACUUCGUAGAUGAGAAUGGGAAGGACCAGGGGGUGAACGUGCGUCAGAAGGUGAAGGAGAUGGUGGACCUGGUCCAGGACGACGACCGCCUGAGGGAGGAGAGGAAAAAGGCCAAGAAGAACAAGGACAAGUUCAUCGGCGUGUCGUCCAACAGCAUGGGAGGCUACCGAGGCUACACGGGGGACAGGUACGACUCGUCGAGCGAGAGCCGGGGGAAGUGGGAGGAGGACUGGGACCGCAGCAAGGGGCCCUUCCCCUUCAGCGAGAAGCUGGGAGAGAUCAGCGACAAGAUCGGCAGCACCAUCGACGACACCAUCAACAAGUUCCGGAAGAAGGACCGAGACGACUCCCCGGACAGGCUCAGUGACACCGAGGAGGAGAGAGGUCGCCCGUCUCGCAACGGCGAGUCAGGGAGGUCGGAGUUCAAAGACGAGGAGGAAACGGUCACCACCAAGAGUGUCCACAUCGUCCAGGCGACAGAAACCACGGCGACGCGGAAGAGAGGGGGCGUGCCCUCCAAAACGGUAGAUUUGGGAGCUGCGGCCCACUACACAGGAGACAAGAGUCCAGCGGGCAGCACCAAACAGGUCCAGCCUGCAGCAGCUGCCUCAAGCGCCGGUCUAGACGACCUGCUGAUGGUCGACACAGGACCCAGCCAGCCUGCAGCAGCCGCAGGCCUCAUAGAUGGAUUUGCUGACUUCUCCUCUGUUCCUGCUUCCGCCAGCCUUGCCUCAGGAUCUGCCCCGAGUGGGACCGGUGAAUUUGGGGAUUGGAACGCCUUCCCUGGAGGUCAGAUGCCACACCCCUCCGCCCAGCCUCUGGCCCCCAGCGGGGUGGACUUGUUUGGGGCCGUGACGGCCAGCUCGGCCCCUGGCCCGGCCCCUGUGGCCCCCUCGGCAGACUUGUUUGACCUGAUGGGGCCGUCCCAGACCCAGACCCUGUCAGCCUCCCAGAGCCUCAACUUCAGCAUGAGCAGCUCCCACAGCCAGAGCAGCACUGGGAUGCCUCACUCCGUGUCACAGCCGCUGCAGCCUCUGCAGCCCCAGCAGGGUGUGGGUUCUCGGGGCCCCGGGGCCAAGGCCAUGCUCCCGUCCACCUGGUCCGACCACUCGGUCAACAUCAGCCUGGACUUCCUGUCCCCGGGCAUGCAGCCCCCCAAGCCCAGCCAGCCCACCCUCAACACACUCCAGCAGGGUGUCCAGCCGCCUGUCAACAUGCUCUCCCAGGGAUUCGCCGGCAUGAACUUAGGCUCCGCAGCCAUCAGGCAGCCGACACCUCCCAUGAUGCACCCUGGCAUGGGGAUGGGCAUGGGCCUGGCCCCCAACCAGGGCAUGAUGGCCAUGGGCAUGAACAUGGGAGUGCCCCAGGCCGGCAUGGGCAUGCCGGGGCCGAUGGGCAUGGGGAUGCCAGCCAUGGGGAUGCCAGCCAUGGGGAUGCCAGCCAUGGGGAUGAACCCGGGCAUGGGGAUGCUGCCCAAGCAGGACGCCUUCGCAGAUUUCGGCAACUUUGGGAAGUGAGGAGGGCGUCAGGAGCGAGGGGAUCUGGAGGAGCGACGUUUCCUCUCUCUCUCUCUCUCCCAUUCUCUCUCUCUCUUUCUCUGUCCGUCCGUGAAGGACUGUUAUGAGAUGCAAACGAACUGGAAUGAUGUCUAACAACAACGAUCACGCCAUGGCCUCUCUUCUUCUCCUCCUUCUUCUCCUCUCUUCUCCUUCUUCUUCUUCUGAGGUGUAAAGAUGCGUUUAAAUACAUGAAUGUUUGACUCAGUCGGAAACCAAUGAUCUUUCUGGAGGGGGACCCCAGCUGGCAGUGCUUGUGUGUGUGUGCGCGCGUGUGUGUGUGACAUAGCGAGAGAAAGCGAGGGAUGUCUAAACCGUCAGAAUGUUCGAGGGUCGUUGCUUUACAACCUCCAAUCACAAGAAUAUGGCUGGUCAGCGAGAGAGGAGGAAAAACGAUAAUAUGGAUAUACAUUCAAACAUUUCUGUGAGAAGGAAAAAAAAAUGCAUUCAAUACAAUUGACUGAGGUUUGAUUAACACGAUGUUAACGUAUUCGUUGUUGAGCAGCCAUCUUAACUUAACUCGCCCGUAGAACCACAAUAAUGUCACCCUCCCGACUCCUCUCUCUUACCUCUAACUGUAAAUAGCCUGUUGGUGCCAGACGAAUAAGUUAUUGAGUACUUGACAAUAGACAAUGGCGAGGCAGAGGGCCGUAUCGAUUGGACAGAAUCCGAUGUCAAUCAAGACCAUACAAGCAAACGGAGGUACAUCGUCAGUGUCUUUUGAUAUAUAUAUAUUUUUUUUUUACUGUUUAACAAAUGAAAGAACAAUUGUGAUUUGUGAUGGGAGGGGGGGGGGGAUGUAGGAAGCUGUUCCAUUUUCAGAUAGCCUCUGUGGCCUUUCUUAUGGGUAUAUAUAUAUAUAUAUAUAUAUACCCAUAUAUAUAUAUAUACCCAUAUAUAUAUUUUGGAGGGGGGGAAAGAUAUAGCUCAGAAGUAUAAUCAGUUCUGCCUCCAGAUGAGAUAAUCAGUAGGGUAGGAGCCCCUCGGCAUGGCUGUGUGUGGUCUUUAUAAUACAGCAGCACGCCUGCAGUGCCUGGAAGUCACUUGCCUUCUUCUUUAUUAGAAAAACUUCUCACCAUACCGACCGUACAGCUCUGUAGCUUCCGUGAUAGUUACUGUGGAGAAUGUUACAGCACUGUGGGUGUGUGUGUGUGUGUGUGUGUGUCUGUCCGUCGCUCACCUGGGUUUGGAGUUGUCCAGAGAUACCUCGUUCCUCCCUCUGACCCAUCCAGCCAUGUUCCCAUGAGAGAUUAUCCCGAGGGAGGCAGCAAGGAAGGAACCAUCUUAAUAGUAUUCAAACCCGGCCCCCCGUGUCUGACGUGGCUUCCAUAUUCUCAUCAGAGAGGGAGGGUUUAGCGGCCUUUUGCUUCAUAAGUUCAUCUCCUGUCAUUUCCAGUGUACACUUGAUUGAAGUGUGGACCACCCAACUCAUGCCAGUGAUGACUUAACAUGGUGUUUGAAGACACCCCCCCCCCCCCACACACACACACACACACACACACACACACAUCUGAUACACAGUAAGAAGUUCACGGCCGUUCUCUCGACUGUCAUAAAACACACAGUAUAUCAAAGGCUGUGCUUUGAUGAUCGUGAAUGCAAGUCUGUCCUGUCUGCAACGACAUGUCUAUGGUUGCAUCUCAAUACUCUAAAUGUGCUUCCUUUACAUCUGCACUGACCUAAAUGAAAAGCAAAACACAAAUCUACAUGGUUGACACUUGACCUAUGAUCUGUCUACAAUCCGGUAGUUUCCCAUCCUCCCAGGUAAAGAAUCCGAUUGGAGGAGAGCGAAGGAAUCGGCGACCAAUGAGAUGUAGCGUGUGCGCAGGGCAUGUAUGUAGGCCUGUGUGGUAGCCAGACGUGACUGUUAUGGUGAGUGGGUGAGCUAGCCCAGCACAUUCUGCACAAGCCCUGUCAGCUGUGAGCUGACUGGUAGGUCCGAUUGUACACUUCCAUCCAUUUCUUAUGUGAAGGAGCCGGAACAGGACAACAGUCCUCAAAAGAGCCAUAGACCGUACAAGACAGGUUACCCUUUUAACCAGUCACCAGUUAUAGGUGAAAAGAGUACAGAAAAAAAGAUGAUCUGGCUUGUCAAAACCUGUGACUCAUCUGUUCUCUAGCAUUGAGGUGAGCCAGCUGACUCUAGGACCAUGGAUACUGAUGCUGUGCUGUCCUAUCUGGUUGUUCUGGGCCUUACUCCAAUGUCACCAAACACACACGCAGUACACAGCAGCCUUGAAUGAUCAGUUCUAGGGUGAGGCAUUACCUGUUUCAAUGACCAAAAUCUAUUUACUCUUGUUUGUUUUGUGUUUCUUUUUUUUCUAAAUGAUAUUAUCCUAAAGGGGGUUUUAUGCUUUUAGUUUUGUUUUUGUUUUUCUACUUCAAAUUGUUCAUAGAUAAUCUGUGAUACGAGAUUGUAAAAACACUAGUUUAUGCAAAUGUUAAAACAAGCACCAACAAAAACGAAAACGCUUUAAAAAUGACGUUUUUCCAGUCUUUGGUCUUCUGUUUGAUUUGAAUUUCACAUCAUGAUCUUUAUCUACGAGAAUAAAAACAGUUGAUUGAG